GGCGGUUCCGGGUCCUGUGACUCCCGUGACCGUGUCGCGGCGCACGGAGGGCGAGCGUGGCCUGCAGCCUUGGGGAAGUAUCGCGGCCCCGGGCAGCUCCUCGGCUGGACCGGGGAGCGCGGAGCCCAGCGCAGGCCGAUCCGCGGUGCCCAUGGCGGGCGAGGGCCCCGGGGUACCCGGCGCGACCGCCACCGCGGCGCCCGAGACCCGCGAGCACCUCUUCAAGGUGCUGGUGAUCGGCGAGCUCGGCGUGGGCAAGACCAGCAUCAUCAAGCGCUACGUGCACCAGCUCUUCUCGCAGCACUACCGGGCCACCAUCGGCGUGGACUUCGCGCUCAAGGUCCUCAGCUGGGACCACAGGACUCUCGUGCGCCUGCAGCUGUGGGACAUCGCGGGGCAGGAGCGGUUUGGUAACAUGACCCGAGUGUACUACAAGGAAGCUGUUGGUGCAUUUGUAGUCUUUGAUCUAUCAAGAAGUUCCACGUUUGAGGCCGUCUUAAAAUGGAAAAGUGAUCUGGAUAGUAAAGUUCACCUUCCCAAUGGCAACCCUAUUCCUGCUGUCCUCCUUGCUAAUAAAUGUGACCAGAAGAGGGACAGUAGCCAAAGCCCUUCCCAGCUGGACCAAUUCUGCAAAGACCAUGGCUUCACUGGAUGGUUUGAAACCUCUGCCAAGGAUAACAUAAACAUAGACGAAGCCACCAGGUUCCUAGUGGAGAACAUCCUUGCAAAUGACCAAAACUUUCCUAGAGAAGAAAACGACAUGGACAAAAUUAAACUGGGUGAGGAGCCCUUCACAACCAAACCCAGAUCUCAGUGCUGCUGAUGUGCUCCAGUUCCCAGUAUGUCUGCCUCCAUGGUCCUCAGUGUGUGUUCCAGAAUGUUCCCAGUGCCACUGUUUCCCAUGAAUUGCCCUCAGGUGUCCUCAGGGCCCGCUGCUCAUCUGAAGAUGGAAUAGGUCGGGAGAACUAUUUCCACCAGAGGCUGUGCAACUUACUAGAUGACCCCAGGCCUUUUUUUGUGCUGCCAAAUGGGGGAUACUGUUUACUGCCUUCAAAACAUCUUUGCAAAUCACUUCCAAGUGGUAGCUGUUCAUAUCAGCACUGGGGUGAUAAUGCAACUACCCUGUACUGUUCCCAACAUGUUGGGUCAUUGUCUUUGUCCCCAUAUGCAUCUACCCAGGAAUUCUUUAGACAGUUCACCAAAAAGACUCAAAGGUCCUUUGGAGCUAUUUCCUAUUUAAAACUUUGGUACUUCAUGUAAAAUUUUCAUCCUUAAAUAAUAUGAUUUCAGAAGUCAUGAUUGGUAAUAAUAUAGUCAUGUUAAACCACUAAGAUACCCUUCCUAAUUAGUCAAAAAGCACUGGGCUAGGGAGGUAGCUCAAUGCUGGAGUGUUUGCCUAGAAUGUGAUGUGCUCUGGGUCUGUGGUACUGGAAAAAGAAAUGUUCAUACUAUAUCUGUAUUAUGGGCAUCUCCCUCUGGAUCCAGUGGCUACCACUUAGGAACAACAUAAAUGAUCAUUUCUUAUCUCUUCUCUAUUCUGUGUGUCUGUGUUUAAAACCAGGAGCCUUAUUGCUAUUACACUUGUACUUCUCACUAAGUGGAACUUUUCUUUCUAAAUCUGUUAUAGUCAAGGAGAGAAUUUUUUUUCAAAGCAUAUGCAAUUUAUUUGUUUGUAUACUAUGACAGAUGAAAAAAACACACUAUGUAUCAUUCUGUAUAAGGUGUUGGACAUUUGUUGUAUAAGGCCUGAGAAACCUAAGGCCUAUUCAUGACAUUUGUAUUUCAUUUAAUCCAAUGAAAGAACAGAAUAAAUAUUUUAACCUAA